CAUGCCAUUCCAUGCCGUUUGCCAUGCUGCUGUAAUGCAUAGAAAAAUGAAAGGAACUCCAUUGAAACGCUGACCUGCAAUUAUCUCUAAGCACUUUUACUGUACUUGCAUUUGUGACCGUGACUAGACGGACGUUUUGAAUGAAAGUUAAUUUUAAUAUUAAUGAUGGCAGAGUCUCAAGAAAUAUUACUUCAAAAAAUAAAAGAACAGGGUGAUCUGGUCAGAAAAUUGAAAGCUGCAAAAGAAGCAAAUGAAAAGGCCAAGAAGACUGUAAAAGAGUAUGAUCUCAAAGAAAUUGAUAGACACUUGUGUAGCUACAGUUAUAUUUGUGGUUAUGUACCUAGUAACUGUGAUGUCGAAUUGUAUAAAAGCAUAGGCAAAAAUAAAGAUUUUGACAGAUACAAAUAUUUGAGGAGGUGGUGGUACCAUAUGCGGAGUUACAGUGACUCAGAAAUAGAAUUAUUCCCAAUGACUGUACUGCCCACUAAAAUGUAUAUCGAAAAUAAUGUGUGUGAUGACCAGAUUCAAGAAGAGGUGAAAAAAUUAUUGGCACUUAAAAAGCAGCUAACUGUGGAGGAUGUAGUACCACAAAAGUUUACUCUUAAGACACCAAAGGGUACUCGAGAUUACAAUCCACAACAGAUGGCAAUAAGAAACAAUGUACUCCAAAAAAUUAUUACAGUCUUCAAGAAGCAUGGUGCUGAAUGCAUAGAUACACCAGUUUUUGAAUUGAAGGAUGUAUUAACUGGCAAAUAUGGUGAAGAUUCAAAAUUGAUUUAUGACUUGAAAGAUCAAGGAGGAGAAAUUUUAUCUCUAAGAUAUGACCUGACUGUGCCUUUAGCAAGAUAUUUGGCAAUGAAUAAAAUCACAACACUUAAGCGUUAUCAUAUUGCAAAAGUCUACAGAAGAGACAAUCCAGCAAUGACAAGAGGCAGAUACAGAGAAUUCUACCAAUGUGACUUUGAUAUAGCUGGUCAAUAUGAUUUGAUGGUACCUGAUGCGGAAUGUCUUAAAGCUGUUACAGAGAUAUUGGACGCCCUUGAUAUAGGUAAAUAUGUACUGAAGGUGAAUCACAGAAGAUUACUUGAUGGCAUGUUUGAGGCAUGUGGUGUACCAGCAGAUAAAUUUCGUCCAACCUGUUCCUCUGUAGAUAAACUUGACAAGUCACCAUGGGAAGAAGUCCGAACUGAAAUGAUAAAUGAAAAAGGUGUAUCACCUGAUGCAGCGGACAGAAUAGGAAAAUAUGUACUUCUAAAUGGUGGAGUCGAACUAGCCGAGAAGUUAUUGAAAGAUGAGAAAUUGUCCAACACUAAAGCGGCAAUUGAAGGACUUGAGGGCAUUAUGCUAUUAUUAAAAUAUUGUGAAUUAUUUGGAAUUAAAGACAAAAUUGUUUUCGACUUAAGCUUAGCUAGAGGAUUGGAUUAUUACACUGGUGUAAUUUAUGAAGCUGUUUUAACUGAGCCAAUUAAAAUCGGUAAUGAAGAACAAUCAGUCGGAUCUAUAGCUGGUGGAGGUAGAUAUGAUAACCUUGUUGGGAUGUUUGACACUAAGAAUAAACAGGUUCCAUGUGUAGGUGUCAGUAUCGGCGUUGAGCGCAUCUUUUCAGUUCUUGAGGCGAAGUUGGCGGCCGGCGAGAUGCGCGUACGCACCAAUGAAGUGGACGUGUAUGUCGCAUCAGCGCAGAAAAAUUUCCUCGAGGAACGAAUGAAGAUCUGUACUGAAUUGUGGAAUGCCGGCAUUAAGACUGAGCAGUCCUACAAGAAAAAUCCUAAGAUGCUGACUCAGCUACAGCAUUGUGAAGAUAGUUGUAUACCUCUCGCCGUAGUAUUAGGAGAAUCGGAAUUGAAGCGAGGCAUGGUGAAGAUAAGAGACAUUGUUUCAAGGCAAGAAGAGGAGGUACAAAGGGAGGAUUUAGUGAAAGAACUGAAUGCUAGGAUAGCAUCGUUGAAUAAAAGAGGGAUAAAUGGAGUCUGAAGUUGAAUUUAUAAAUAAACAUUUAGUUACGCGCAUUUAUUUAUAAGAGCUAUUUAUUUAUGUAUUGAUCACAUAAAUAAAUAAAAGACUACGAUUCAAAAUGCUGCACAACAAAAUACCAGUAUAAACGCUAUUUUAACCUUUUUUCACGUCUAUUUACAAAUUGUAUACAUUUUAUUAAUGGGGUAUUUGGAUACCACGUUAAUGUAUGUUUUAAAAGAGUAAAUUUUGUUGUGCAUUAAUUUGAAAAUGGAAUGUGAAUUUGGAGCGUUUUGUAUAACAUUUAAUAGAGACAGUAUUAGAAUCCAGAAGGAUUGUCACGAACUCUUAUUCAGUUUUUAUUAAUUCUAUUGUCUAUGUAUAUGUGUGCCAAAUGAAUGGUAGUAUGUAUAUAUAUUUUUUAAUAUGCAUACAUAUAUACAUACUUUUUGCACUUGCCCAUUAUAAACUUUAACCGUGUCAAAUUUCGUACUCCUUCAUCCAGUACAGAGUUUUUGUUUUAGGUUUUAAUAUUAUAUGUAUGUUUUUUUUAUUCUGUAGGUGAAUUGUGGGACAGAAUUGGUAUGUACUUAAUGUACACUUAAUAUGUGUAGAUUAAGAUAGGGUAAUAAUUAUCGACUAGAACCAUACGUAAAUAAUUUGUAUGUAUGUAUGUAAGUCAAACAUUCUUCCUUAUAUCGUCCUAUUUUUUCUUUUCACGAGUCAGGCAAAUAGUUCAAUGACGUAAUACAGUGGCUAUAAAUUUGAGAAAUCUAUGUAAUAAGAAUAAGAGUUCAUGAUGAGCCUUUAGUUGUAGUAUUUAUUUUUUAGUAUUUUAUAUUUUGGCGCCAAAAUAAUAAUAGUUGUCACAACUACUUACUAUUAGUUUUAUCUGUGUACAAAUUUUCUUUAUAAUAAUUUAAAAAAAAUCAUUGUUAUAAACAAUAGCUGUAAUAUUCAACACAUUUUUAUGUUAUGGCACUAUCCAUAUAUUAAAAACUUUGUGAGUGAAUUGUGAUACAAGUCCGAUUUAAUAAAUAUGGCGUGGACAAUUGUGUGGGUUCUAAAAUAAAAUUACAGUGUAUCGUAAAUGUUGCUUUAUAGUCCAAAUUAUUGAGAAUAUGUUUAUAAUUUGGAAAUUGUUAUGUAAUUUUUUUUUCAACACCAAUGUAUUUGAUGCGAGUAUGUAAUGUAAGCAUGUAAAUACUUUAUUUUUUAAUAUUAAGUGCUACUGUUGUUUUAAUUUAAUUUGCCUAUGUGGUCGGAAAUGUAAUUACUUAGUAACGUACGAGCGUACUUUGAAACAAAUUAUUAAAUUAUAUGGCAUUUAAAAUGAGGCGCGAAAAUAUUAUAUUUCCAAAUUAUAUACUUUAAUUUGCUUUUGAUUUUGACACUGCGCAAGCCUAAGUAAACCUGUAUUAAUUGUUAUAACUUAUAAUUUUUUUUUCGAUUUUUAUUGUAUAGGAGUGUGGCGUUACAUUAUUUCUAAUAAAUAUUAGAAAAUCUAAUAUUGGCUUGUAUUAUACUUCACAUUUAGCAUUAUGGCAUUUAAAUAUUUGAAAUGUAGACAUGUAAUG